UCUCUCUCUCUCUCUCUCUCUCUCUCUUUCUCUCUCUCUCUCUCUCUCUCUCUCUCUGUCAUCCACUAGCUGCUGAUAUUGAAGUCUAUGAGUCCAUCAAUAAAUGCCAGUAAGUAAACCACCAUGCACAUUCCAACUCAACCUUUGAAUAAAGGUGAAACACAAACUUUAACCUAAGACAAAGGGAGGCUAGUGGAAUCUAGGAAGUUUCACCAUCCUUGGAGAUUCCGAACUCCCAGAAAAAAAGUUUUGGGAUUUGAACCACUUUCCAAGGAAAAUCCACAAAUCAUGGCUCAAAAUGGAAGUGGGGAUAGAGUGGUGGAGAAUGGUUUUGAGUCAGUUGAGCAUGUAGAUGAGCUUGAUCGCGGACUGAGCCAAAAGGGUAGCAUCAAACUCAAAGAGGAAGAAGUUUCUGUGGAGAGGGUGUUCCAGCAUCUUCUGGUGCCAUCAUGGAGGAACCAAUUGACUCGGAGAGCCUUUGCGGUCAGCUUUGUACUAAGCAUAUUGUUCAGUUUCAUUGUGAUGAAGCUCAACCUCACCACUGGUAUUAUUCCUUCUCUCAAUGUCUCUGCUGGCCUUCUGGGGUUCUUCUUUGUGAAGACUUGGACCAAGUUCUUGGAAAAAUCUGGCAUGUUGAGACAACCCUUCACAAGGCAAGAGAACACUGUCAUCCAAACCUGUGUUGUGGCUUCUUCUGGCAUAGCCUUUAGCGGAGGAUUUGGAAGUUACCUCUUUGGAAUGAGUGAAGAAAUAGCUAAUCAAUCCACUGAUACAAGUGAUUUUAAGGACCCAAGUUUAGGGUGGAUUAUAGCUUUUCUUUUUGUUGUUAGCUUUCUCGGCCUUUUCUCUGUUGUACCUCUCCGAAAGAUUAUGAUCAUUGACUUCAAAUUGACAUAUCCAAGUGGUACUGCAACUGCACAUCUCAUCAACAGCUUCCACACUCCUCAAGGAGCCAAACUUGCAAAGAAGCAAGUAAAAAUGUUGGGAAAAUUCUUCAGUAUGAGUUUUUUGUGGGGCUUUUUUCAAUGGUUUUAUACAGCUACUGACCAGUGUGGAUUUCAAGCCUUCCCUUCAUUGGGGCUUAAAGCAUAUGAAAACAGGUUUUAUUUUGAUUUUUCUGCAAUAUAUGUUGGAGUUGGAAUGAUUUGCCCUUAUAUCAUAAACAUAUCAGUGCUUCUUGGGGGAAUUCUUUCUUGGGGAAUAAUGUGGCCUCUCAUAAAAACCAACGAGGGUCAUUGGUAUGAAAAAGGCCUUGGUGAAUCAAAUCUUCAUGGCAUCCAAGGUUAUAGGGUAUUUAUAGCUAUUGCCUUGAUCCUAGGAGAUGGUUUAUAUAACUUCGUAAAGGUGAUAACUCAUACCCUCUGGGGGUUGUAUCAUCAAAUCCAAGAGAGAAAACGGGAGAAUGUUCUUCCAGUUGCUGAUCAAGACUCCCCCUCAAGUCCAGAGCUAUCUUAUGAUGAUCGGCGCCGCGCCCAACUUUUCCUUAAAGAUCAAAUUCCCACAUGGUUUGCAGUUGCAGGUUAUGUUGCUAUUGCUGCCAUCUCAACAGCCACUCUGCCACACAUCUUCCACCAACUAAAAUGGUACUACAUAAUUGUUAUCUAUCUGGUUGCUCCCACCUUGGCAUUUUGCAAUGCUUAUGGUUGUGGACUAACUGAUUGGUCCCUUGCAUCCACUUAUGGAAAGCUGGCCAUCUUCACGAUUGGAGCAUGGGCCGGUGCCACACAAGGUGGAGUUCUUGCCGGUCUAGCCGCCUGUGGAGUGAUGAUGAACAUUGUUUCCACAGCCUCAGACCUGAUGCAGGAUUUUAAGACUGGCUACCUUACACUGGCUUCACCACGCUCCAUGUUUGUGAGCCAACUAAUCGGCACAACAAUGGGUUGUGUAAUUUCUCCUUCUGUGUUUUGGAUUUUCUACAAAGCUUUUCCUGACCUUGGGAAGUCUACAAGUGAAUAUCCUGCCCCAUAUGCAAUCAUAUACCGUAAUAUGGCCAUAUUGGGGGUGCAAGGUUUUGGCUUUCUGCCAAAAAACUGCCUCUUGCUUUGUUACAUAUUCUUUGCUGCAGCAGUUAUCAUAAACUUGUUCAAAGAUUUUCUUGGCAAGAAAGGGAAGUUUGUUCCACUUCCAAUGGCCAUGGCAAUACCCUUCUACAUAGGGCCAUACUUUGCCAUUGACAUGUGUGUUGGAAGUCUGAUAUUGUAUGUGUGGGAGAGGAUUAACAAGGCUAAGGCAGAUGCUUUUGCACCAGCUGUAGCUUCUGGUUUGAUAUGUGGGGAUGGAAUAUGGACUCUUCCUGCUUCAAUACUUGCUCUUGCAGGAGUUAAGCCACCAAUUUGUAUGAAGUUCUUGUCCAGAGCAACAAAUGUGAAGGUUGAUACUUUCUUAGGGAGUUAAGGUCUUGUUUGAAUUGGACAUGGUUGGUAUCUUGUGAAAAGUGUCUGGCUUGUAAAUCUGUGAAACAUCACUGCAGUUUGUGUUUUUAAACUUUUGCAGCCAUACAGUUGAUCAAAACAACAGUAGAAGGAAAAUUAGUGUGUAUUUAAAUGUCAGAAAGAAAGAGUAUAUGUUCAGAUUGUAUUUGUUUUA